GGCAGCAGGAAGCGCUGGGUCUCGCAGGGACUCGCACUGAUCCAAGUUAGGAGCUUUGAGCCGCAGGUCCGGGCCCAUCAUGUAACCGCUGCGGAACAUUUGCACAUUUACGCCUUUUCGCGACGCCUGCGGAGCGCGUGCACUCGUACCCUCGCCCCGUGCACGGACACGCACGCUCCGGACGCACGAAGGCUCCAGGUGCAUGAAGAUCGAGGCUCGAUUUCUGCAUCUUUGUUGCACAACGAGCCGCUGAAGCUCCAGAGCGAUGGAGGGAGGGAGCGAGAAGGAAGGCAAAGUCUUUUGUGCCUCCCCUCCCCCUCAUCAAAGCAGAGGGGAAAUGUCUCAGCCGAAGGGAGGAAAGAGGAAGCCGGUGCUCAAGCUCUCUAAGGAGGCGUUUGAGCAAACUACUCCUGCCGCAGCACCUCCCAGAGAUUUGGAUUCCAAAGCUUGUGUGACCAUCGGAGAAAAGAACUUCGAGGUGAAGGCAGAUGACCUGGAGCAGAUCUGCGAGCUCGGCCGAGGAGCGUACGGCGUGGUGUACAAGAUGAGGCACGUGCCCAGCGGCCUGAUCAUGGCGGUCAAGAGGAUUCGUGCCACAGUGAACACUCAGGAGCAGAAGAGGCUGCUGAUGGACCUGGACAUCUCCAUGAGGACGGUGGACUGUUACUACACCGUCACCUUCUACGGAGCCUUAUUCAGAGAGGGCGACGUGUGGAUCUGCAUGGAGCUGAUGGACACGUCCCUCGACAAGUUCUACAAGCAGGUGAUCGAGAAGGGAAUGAACAUCCCCGAGGACAUCCUGGGAAAGAUCGCCGUCUCUAUAGUAAAAGCUCUGGAGCAUCUGCACAGUAACCUGCAGGUCAUACACAGAGACGUGAAGCCGUCCAACGUGCUGAUCAACACUCAGGGUCAAGUGAAGAUGUGCGACUUCGGCAUCAGCGGCUACCUGGUCGACUCCGUGGCCAAAACCAUGGACGCCGGCUGCAAGCCCUACAUGGCGCCGGAGAGGAUCAACCCCGAGACCAACCAGAAGGGAUACAACGUCAAAUCUGACAUCUGGAGUUUAGGAAUCACAAUGAUCGAGCUCGCCAUCCUGCGCUUCCCGUACGACUCGUGGGGCACGCCCUUCCAGCAGCUGAAGCAGGUGGUGGAAGAACCUUCGCCCCAGCUUCCUGUCGACCAGUUCUCCCCAGAGUUUGUGGACUUCACCUCUCAGUGCUUAAAGAAAGUUUCGAAAGAGAGGCCGACGUACACAGAACUCAUGCAACAUCCCUUCUUCACCUCCCACGAGGCCAAAGAAACCGACGUGGCUUCCUUUGUCAAAGUCAUCCUGGGGGACUGAGUCGGCUUCGAGCUCCGGAGCGGAGGGAGGAUCUGUUCUUAAAAGAAGCACCAAUCGCAGCCCCUGUUACCUGCAGGACCCCGCCCACCUCACACCUCACACCUUACACCUCGCCAUUCUCUCCCCCCCCCACCACCCCCCCUCCCUCCACUGACACACGGACAGAUGCUGACGAAGCAGAACGAGGAGAUUGUCUCCGACCCUCCGCCUCCACAUCCUGACAUGGGUGGGUGGGGGUGCAGGGUCUCUCACAUAUAAUCUGGAAUCAUUUAAAAUGUCUGUAUGCAAACGCUCCCUCUGUGGUUAGAUUAGCUCCGCCUCUGUGCGCCGCCUAUUACCCGUCAGCAGGUCGACUGUGAUUCGUCAAACUAACGCGUUGGUGAAGGGAGGAGCAGAUUAUAUAAAAAAAAGAUGAAUGAUAUAAUCUAUCUAUGUAUAAUCUAAAUGUUUGUAUACUCAAAGCAAGUGUUGCAUCGGUUUAUUAAUUGACUGCAUGUACAGAAUUUAUCUCCAGAUGUUCCCGAGAGGAACAGCUGUAUCAGGGCCCUCCUGGUGGCCACACAUAGGUACUGCACGUCCACUGCUUUCUCUUGAUUACAGCAGAGGUCGACAAAACGUCCUGGGGCUCUGGCUGCCUGUGAGUGUGUGUCUGUGAGUGUGUGUGUGUGUGUGUGUGUGUAGAGCUGCAUCAUUCUGGAUAAAAGUAAAGUCGGAUUAUUUGGGGAACAGGUUUAAUCAGCUCUGUAUAAUUUCUAGCAGCAAAAUCUCGGACUGAAAUUUUUGGACAAAACCGGAGGAUUUUGGAGCAAAUACAAUUUGUGCAUCACUUUAACAACUUUUGUGAAAUCCACAUGUUUCUUCAACGAGCACCUGACGACACCGGAGCAGCUGCUGCUCGGGGUGCGACUGGAGGACGAAUCAGACGCUCGUACUUUUAUCGGCUGCUGUUACAAAUCCAGUCUGAUUCUCACCUGAUGAUGAGAUUCUGCAGACAAACAGGAAACAACUUGAUCUUAGACCCAGUUUGUCGUGCAGCUCUAUGUGAAACACACAUGUUAGAUUGAGCUUUGUGUGUGUGUGUGUGUGUGUGUGUGUGUGUGUGUGUGUGUGUGUGUGUGUGUGUGUGUGUGUGUGUGUGUGUGUGUGUGUGUGUGUGUGUGUGUGUGUGUGUGUGUGUGUGUGUGUGUUGACAUUGUGGUCAGUUGUGGGAGAAGAAUUGUCUCCUCGUCGUCUGUACUGAGCCAAUCACAACCAUCUCCACUCCUUGUUCAACAUGAAAAGAACUGGAUAUUAUUACUAUUAUUAUUAUUAAUAUUAUAUUAAUUAUUGUCGAUGUUAUUAUUUAGGUCCAGGUUUCCCCCUCACAUAUUCACUGCAGUUUCUCUUAUUUUUUACAACUGCUGUUUCCCCUCUGAAGACUUGACGGAUCCAUUAGAGACGUUUCUCGUGUGUUUGUUUUAGUUUUGUCGUGUUCUUCUCGGCUCAAACACGUAAACGCUUUGAAACUGUAACUUGCAAGCCUUCUAUGUGCCUCUCUAUAGAAAACGAUGUUGUACCAGGAUGAUGCAGGGACGUCUGCCUGUCAUAUCACCCCCCCCCCGCGCACGCUGCAUGGUUCCACUUCCUGUUUGUGCUGAUUGCGACGUGUUUCUCGAGAUCGUCCGUAUUUCUCUUCUACAUGUUCGUGCUACUCUCUGUUGCUUGAUGUCAGUUUGCGGCGGCAGAAAGCGGCGACGAGCUCUUGGUUGUUAUGCAUGAACGACUCGAAUGACAAAAUGGGAAACUUGGAGCUCGUGGCUGGACGACAGUCAGGGUCUUGUUGUCACCGUUAGAGUUUCUACUUUAUCUUCUCGCCUGUUCAUAUUUUGUUGCUGGGAUUGCGAUGUUUCUGCAUCUGUGUCCGUCCUCGCUGAGUUCUCGUCCCUUUAGCUGUUGUGCGAUUGUAGCUUAAAUGUACAAUCUGUGAUGUAGAAGACAAAGAGAAGGAUCCUGCUGUGGUCUGAACUCUGACGGUCUGUGAGAACCAGUUACAGCUGAAACCUCAUUUACCCUAAAUACAAGGUGGCAGUCUAAUAUUGUAGAAAACGUCAUUUUCAAAACCAUCACACAGAUUAAAUUACCUUAAUAAUUAUAAUAAAAUAGUGUAAACUGUUUUAAAUUUAGCAGUUUUAAAUUUAGAAGGGUGUUAGGCAAAAUUUAAAGGUGUAUUGUUCCAUUUGUUUGGCCACAUGGGGGCAGCAGAACCAAUCGUAAACACAACGUCACCCUACACAUCACACUUUUCUGCAAUAUAAAAUAUAUUACAAGAUUUUUAAAGACAUGAAGUCCCAAAAAGUACAAAUAGAUUUAUUUAUUUCUGACAGUUCAGACCACUCCGUCAUGUAAAAACAUCCGAGGACCGUUUAGCUUCACUCAUUCUGAACCUGUCGCCCUCCAAUCCGGCUGAAUGACGCGUGACACAGGUUUUAUUCUCCGCUUCACGCUGCUUAUUUCACCACCGUCCCGUCUCUGGUGGCGAAGCUGCGUCAGAGGUUCGAUUUCUGCCUCUCAGAACACCAGGGCUCCGUCAUUAGAACGUCACCGUGCCAAAGAUGGCAGCCUACUCCUCAGAAGCUCCAAACGCCUUUAGUGUCAUGUCAUGAUGAAAUUAGCCCAAUUCAAGUCUUAUUUUUAGAUUCAGCGUGGCCUGGUACACGAGGUCUGUCCUGUCAUCUUGCUUUCUAACCCUCGGAGCCCUGGUGAGUCGCCGUGGGCUCCAUGAUGAGCGCUGUGCCAGAGUCCUCCGUGUUCGUCACACAGUCAAUGUGACCAAAGAGCAGCAGCAGAGCGUCGAGGGCUCACAUGGCCCCGGGCCUAGGGGACGGGGGGGUCUUUGAGGAGGGGGACAGUGUGUGCGGACCUCCCGCUGCUGCAUGAGAGACUCUGACCUCCCACCUGUAGAAGAUAACAAGCUGCUCCCUCUCUUUCAUCCAUGUGCAUGGUUUGGUCGCAGUGAUUCGGGCGUGUGUAGUUUCUGUAGGUGUUAAAGUGCCUGAUGAUGCUUUUCAUGUGAACAUUUAAACUCUUCUCCGUCGUCGUGAUUGAUGCUUGAACACUGUUUUUGUCCCGUGGCUCCUCUCUGGGACUCACUGCAUGUUGCUGUGAUGUUUUGCACUGUGCCCAGGAGCCGUAUCGCACAGCGGCAGGUUACGAGUGUGUCGCUGUGAGGAAACGCUCAUUUAACUCUGAAGGUUUGCAGCCUACGUGGAUGUUGUUUCACUUUUAGACAUUUUAGUGGCUUUUCUGAGAGUUGUAAAGUUCUGACCUUUUUUAGAAAUGAAGCUGUGAUUCUGUAAAUUCUCAAACAGCAGCAGCGGUUUCUUCUCUCACAGGCUUUUCUUUAAAACUCUAUUUAUUUUUCUACAUCUGCUCCUGUUUGCUGAGUCGGUUUGUUGUUGCUGCUCCUGCAAAAUGUUCUAAACUCUUCAGAGGUUUAGGGUCGGUCUCUGUUAACGUCCCAUAAACAUAACGUUUUAUUUAAAUAUUUCAAAUCAUGUGUUGUUUACGUGCAGCUCUGUCACGUGCAUACACCUGCUUGCAGAAAUGCUGCUCAGUAGCACCUCUGGUGGUCAAAAGGUCAAGGACACCAACAGUGACGCAGGAGCCACUCAGAGAAAAUAUGCUGAUGUUUAUCACAUCUUCAGAUUUAACAGACAAAAUUAAAUUUUAUUUUCUGUUUCCAAAGUUUAAAGUUGAAUUUCUGAUCAAUAUCUGUCAGUUGUAAAUGGUUUUUUACAACAAUAGUAAUCAUUUUAUUAUAUAAAUUGUAUUCAAACCUUUUUGUUUUCUUUCAUUUUAAAAUUUCUACAUCAAAUGUUUAGUUUAACGGGACAAACGAGAUGUUGGAGCUUCUGCUACUGUGAGAAAAACUAACGUGUGAUGAUGAGGCAACAAAGAAAUAAAAGAUAAACUGGAGGAAACCAUGUGAGCAAUUACUUUCUCCCACGCUUCAUUUGGUUGUUUGAGAAUUUACAGCGUCCACGCGUCGCAUCAUAAUAUUAAGUGAUGAAGAUGUUUUGUUUUUUUAAGGUAGAAAUGUUCAUGUGUUUAAAUUCCUUCACUGAUUCAGAUUUUAUCAGCUGUAAAUGUCCGAGCUGCUCUCAGAACCUCGUCUCUCAAUAACUCGCUUGGUUUGGUCCAUCUUCAACAGGCGGUACUGAGAAAAGAGUUGAGUCCAAUCACGCGUCACAUGGUAUGGUCCUGUGUGUGUGUGUGUGUGUGUGUGUGUGUGUGGGUGUGUGUGUGUGCUUGCAUGUGGGCAUUCCCGUCCACCGCCCUUUUUGUGGCUUGCUCUCACACCUGCUGAGUAAACCUGGGUCAGUGGGGGCAGGACGUCCGAGUGGAAACGAUCAUUGUCACAUCCCAUCAGUUAGUCUGAGCGUCCAGCAGCCGGCACGUAUCUGUGCACGACGCCUGCAGCAGGCGAGCGGCUCUGACUGGAACAAGCCGCCUCUUUCUAGAAGCGACGUGCGGCUCGGAGAGAAUCAGAGGAAACUUUGCUCACCUUCCUUAUCCUCAGAUUUGGGGAAGUAGAUGACUCAAAAAUCCGAGUGAGAGGAAAACGUCCAGACCCUUUACAGAUGAAGCUCUGGAGUGUAAAUCUGUCGUUCGUGUGUGAACCGUGCUGAGGUUUCCUUUUGUUUUUUUUAUUGCACAUGUGAUUCAUGGAGCUUUGUGUUUCUGGUCCACUCAGCUGUAUGUGACCUCUGACCUUCUGCGGUGUUGUGUUCUUUUGAAUUCGGGGUGGGGAAGUGUCCGGGCCGGUUCUUCAGAGUGAGACGUUUCUAGAGAAGCUACUGUACGUGGAUGAGGGUCUUUCUUUGCUGUCGAGUGGGCGUGUGGGGGGGGUUGUCCCGGCUACAGCUCCUCGCCCCGUGGGAAGUGAAGUUCUCAGUAUAUUUACACGUCUCUAAAGCCUCUGCUAUAAAGACUGAUGACUGUUCAUUUAGAAUUUCUAUAAAUAUUUUAGAUUGCUCAAACUGAUUGUGUGCAAUUGUAAUGAUGGAAAUUCAAUAAAAAAGAGGUAUUUUUACACAA